AUGGCGACAACUGAAGGAUUGGAGCAAUCGGAUGGCUCCAAUUACCAUGCAGACAAUACUUCUGGUCUCACCCUUGAGGAUCGCUUCUGUGCUUUGCCUAGGUGUGGGCCUUGCCGGCUAUCCGUUCCCGUUGUCAAGGAAAUACUGAAGCAGUUCACUGGCAAAAUUGAUGUGGUAGAAAUCUGCACAGACGAUUUGGCAGAAACCUCAGCCGAGUGUGGAGUUGUCAGUAUCCCAACAAUUCAAUUCUACUAUCGAGGCGAACUGUUGGACACAAUUGUUGGUUGUGUGGCUCGAAACGUCUUGUCGACUGCAGUGUCAAAGAUCCUCGAAGAUGUUUCUGCCGAUGAAAGCAGCACCAGCCCGAGGCAGUCCUAG